AUGGUUUCUAAUACAUCCCAUCAGCAUCUUGGGAUUACCUUGUUGCUUCAGCAUUUCGGAUGGAGGUGGGUUGGGCUCUUUGUUACAGAUGAUGAUGAUGGAGAACAUUUUCUGCAGGUCCUGGAACCACUGCUCUCUCUGAGCGAAAUCUGUCUGGCCUUCACAGAAAGGAUCUCCAACAACGGACAUACAAAUUCCAUAUCUGAAGCUAUUGGUUUACUCUCAAAUAUAUAUGAGCCUCUCACUGACACCAAAGUCAAUGUAAUUAUCCUCUAUGGAGAAUCUUUUGCUAUUCCACUGCUUACUAUUCGUCUGUUUUGGGGCAAUCCUAACUAUAAGGAAAAUACCUCAUUAAUGAAGGUGUGGGUGGUAACAGCCCAGACAGAUUUUGUAGCAUCACACUUUUUUGGAGACUUUGAUUUUGAAUACUUCCAUGGAGCUAUUUCCUUCAAGAGCCACUCAUAUGAGCUUCUACAAUUCCAGAAAUUUCUUCAGAGCAUAAAACCUCCAGGGAAACAUGGAGAUGGUUUCUUCAAGGACUUCUGGGAGCAAGCAUUUGAUUGUACAUUUCCAAAUACCUUGGAGCCAAGAGAUGGUCCUGAUACAUGUACUGGGCAGGAGAGGCUGGAGAGUCUCCCUGAGUCUGUUUUCCAAAUGCGCAUGACCGGCCACAGCUACACCAUCUACAAUGCCCUGUAUGCCGUAGGACACGCUUUGCAACUGAUCUACUCAUCUGGAGCCAGACAAAGACUAAUGAGGGGCAGGGGAAGAGCUGAACUCCAUGAUGUCCAGCCUUGGCAGGUCCACGCAUUUCUUCAAGAUAUUGUAUUUAAUAACUCAGCAGGUGAAACAAUAUCCUUUAAUAAGAACAGAGGAAUGGGAGCUAGGUUGGAGAUAACAAACUUGGUCACUUUCCCAAACAAAUCUUUCCGAUCGGUGAACAUUGGAAGGGUAGAUCCCAACAGCAUUAAAGGGAAAGAAUUCCUUAUUCAUGAUGAGAUGAUUGUUUGGCCAAGACGUUUUAACAAGAGCCUGCCCAUAUCUCUCUGCAAUGACAAGUGCAAACCUGGAACCCAGAAGAGAAAGAGGGAAGGGGAGGACUUUUGCUGCUAUGAUUGUUUUCAGUGCCCUGAAGGGAAGAUCACAAACCAAGAGGAUAUGGAGAAUUGUAUCCCGUGUCCAGAUGCUGAAUAUCCAAGCUUGGAACAUGACCGAUGUAUGCCGAGGAGUCUAAGCUUUCUGUCCUAUCAGGAACCUUUAGGGAUCACCUUGUCUGCCAUUGCUUUCAGUUAUUCAUUGAUCACCUCUUUGGUUUUAGUAGUUUUCAUUAAACACAAAAACACCCCCAUAGUUAAGGCCAACAACCGAGAUAUCACCUUCGCUCUCCUGGUUUCCCUCCUCCUCUGCUUUUUGUGUUCUUUGCUCUUCAUUGGACAGCCAAGGAAGGUGACCUGUUUCAUCCAACAAUCAGCUUUCAGUCUCGUCUUCUCUGUGGCUGUUUCUUGUGUCUUGGCCAAAACCAUCACUGUGGUUGUCGCGUUCAUGGCUACCAAACCAGGAUCACACUUGAGGAAGUGGGUGGGGAAAAGACUGACCACCUCUGUUGUCCUUUCCUGUUCCCUGAUGGAAGCAGCCAUUUGUGCAGUGUGGCUAGCAACCUCUCCCCCGUUCCCAGAUUUGGACACACGGUCCCUGACAAGAGAAAUCAUCGCCCGGUGCAAUGAAGGAUCCGUCUUCCUAUUUUAUACUGCUUUGGGCUACAUGGGACUUCUGUCCCUCAUGAGCUUGACUGUGGCUUUCCUAGCCAGGAAUUUGCCUGACAGCUUCAACGAGGCCAAGUUCAUCACCUUCAGUAUGGUGGUGUUCUGCAGUGUUUGGUUGUCUUUCAUUCCAACCUACUUGAGCACCAAAGGGAAAUACAUGGUAGCUGUUGAGAUCUUCUCUAUCUUGGCCUCCAGUGCUGGGUUACUGGCCUGCAUCUUUUCCCCCAAAUGCUACAUUAUUCUUCUGAGACCUGAUCUAAAUAACAGGAAUCAGCUGAUUAGGAGGAAGAACAAUUAAA